GCUGGUUUCUCGGACAGUGUGACGUCAGUCGCCAUUAACUUGUUGCAUCGGUUUACAUAACGGGACGUUAUCCGUCAGGUGUGUCGUUGAUGUGCAACAGCAGACGUUGAACAGCAGAGGGCGCGUCAAAUACGACCGCAUCAACUUCAUACAUAUUAUAAAGACCGGUGUCAAGGGUAAACGCGUACUGUCUAGUGGUCGUCGUGUACUUUAAUCUUCGUCGCAUUACCUAACGCCAGAUGGUUUAAAUUUAGUGAGCGCGAGAAGCGGUUCGGUUGAAGUGAGCGCGAGAAGCGUGACGUUUUAUUAACCCGGAAAUAACAGUCAGUCAGUAAAACAGUGAGAGAGAAAGAGAGCGCUACUCGGACUCAGAAGGAGAGAGAGAGAGAGAGAGAGAGAGAGAGAGAGAGAGAGAGAUCUAAACCUUUCCCUCUGGAGCUUAUAGCGUGGACUCCAUACGUGUUUUUCAAGGCUUUGUGAUAAGGACUGUUUGUAUUUCGGCAGGACUACGACCUCGGUCGAGCGCCUGGUUAGGCCUCACGUCUGACACCUCUGACCUUCUGUUGGUACGUUGUCAUGGGGAACCUCCUUAAAGUCUUGACAUGCACAGAUCUUGCGCAGGAGCCCAACUUUUUCCUCGAUUUCGAAAAUGCCCGGCCCACAGAAGCCGAGCAGGAGACGUGGGAGGAAGUGGAUGUUGUCCUAAAGGAUGCGUUGGGAAUACUCGACGAACUACAGGCGUAUAAAGGCGCCGGGCAAGGGAUACGAGAGGCAAUCCAGAAUCCCAAUGAUGAGGCGUUACAAGACCAGGCGUGGGCUGCUGUAGUGCCACUUGUAGGCAAACUGAAGAAGUUCUACGAGUUUUCACAGAGAUUAGAAGCAGCGCUACACAGUUUGUUAAGAGCGCUCACCAGCGAGAAGUACAGUGACCCCAUGCAGCACCUGGAAAGAGAGCAGGCCCUCGCCAAACAGUUUGCUGAGAUACUGCACUUCACGCUGCGCUUCGAUGAGCUCAAGAUGACAAAUCCUGCCAUUCAGAAUGACUUCAGUUAUUACAGGAGAACCCUGAGUCGCAUGAGGAUCAAUAACGUUCCUGCAGAGGGAGAAAAUGAGGUUAACAACGAAUUAGCCAAUCGGAUAUCUCUAUUUUACGCUGAUGCCACGCCCAUGCUGAAGACAUUAAGUGAUGGAACGACAAAGUUUGUAUCUGAGAAUAAGAAUUUGCCCAUUGCAAACACCACAGAUGUAUUAAGCACUAUGGCAAGUGUGUGCAAAGUUAUGCUGGAAACCCCCGAGUAUCGAAGUCGUUUCAGCAGCGAGGAGACCGUGUCCUUCUGUCUGCGUGUCAUGGUCGGGGUCAUCAUCCUCUACGACUACGUCCAUCCAGUUGGUGCUUUCGCCAAAUCCUCCAAAAUAGACAUGAAAGGCUGCAUUAAAGUGCUUAGAGAUCAGCCGCCAAACAGCGUGGAAGGUCUUCUGAAUGCUCUCAGGUACACAACAAAACAUCUUAAUGAUGAAUCGACCACUAAGACAAUAAAAAGCAUGCUGCAGUAGCAACAAACUCUGGGACACGUACCACUGGCCUCAAGUUAAUGCUCAGGAGAUGCACACACACACACUCUUUCUCUCCUGGACUCGAGCGAUGCACAGAAUGUUUUUAUAUUAAAAUCAGACAAAAGAUUCUCUACUCUUUUUUUGUUUUUACAAUGGAAAUGCUACUGGCUUGAUGUGUGGUUUUCUGUGCCAAAAUGUUCUUUGCUGAAAUCCUUGUUUUUUAACAUUUCUGAAAUUCAGCCAUGCUACUGAUGGCAGCUAUGAAAGCAUUGUUAGGUUAUAUUUGUGGUUAUUGUAUUAAUUUAGACCAUGUCCCGAUAAAGGGAGGGUGAGUGUUUUGACUUGAAUAUAAAUAUAUAUCUAAAUAUUGUCUGUAUGAUCUGGAUAAGAACAGUAUAUAAAAAAAAGAGAAAUAUAUAUUAUUUUUGUUUGAAUUAAUAUUUAAUGUUACAUUCACUGCAUGGCAAAAUGAUUCUUCUAUUUAAAAGAAAACUCAAAGAAAUGAAUGUUGUCAGUGCUGUAUAAGAGAUAACAUGUUUAUGUUUUAAAGCCGAAAUGGUACUUGGAGAUUACAAAUCGAGAUUAAGUGAUAGAUGGUUUCAAAUUUUAUAUUUUUUCUAGGUUUUGAUUUGUGCGUUUGUUUUGUUUUCCUUGAUAGGUGUUACAAUUCUGUUUAGCUUUCAAAAACUGUGAUAGAUUGAAAUUUGUUGAGUGUCAUACAGUAUGUGAUGACGACGUGAUUUUAAGAGGAAAUAAAAUGCUUUCAGUUUUUAAAAUCC